GACUUGGGGGCUGCCUGCCUUGACUUCUCCCUCCUGCUCAGGAAUCUCCUUUGAGUAGACCAGGGAGAGAUCCCUGAACAGGAGGCCUGAUCCACCCACCCUCUCCUCCCUUCAAGCUCAGUCCUUGCCCUGCCAGAAGUCCCAGGUCAGAUCCUGCAUGGGGCGCUGGGGGCUCUUAUAGGGAGUUUAACCAGGGGGGGGAGAGGAAAGGGAGGAAGCCCCCUUUAUUCGUUCCGCCCUUUGAGGCUACUGUCUUGGCAACUACAGUCUCGCCCACAUGCCUGUGUUUCUGGGGAGAAGCAUCUAAAGGGUUCCUAUCCAGAGAUACCUGUGCCCAACUCCAUCUCUCCAUUCCACCAAUAUUCCCAUAUUCCAUUCCACUUUUCCCACUAUAUCUAUUUUUUAAAGAUUUUUUUAUAUCACAGAACAAACUAAUAAUCACAAAAAAACAAAAAAAUACAUUCAACAGUUAAUCAUUGUUAUAACAUAGUACAGUCAGGCACGGACAAGCAGGGGUGGGGGGGGCGGUAUGCCCCAGGCAGCACAAUCCCAAGGGUGCCAUGGCGACUACCCGCCCCACCCCCAGAGUGUGCCCCCCACCCCCAGAAUGGGCGCCAGCCCCCGGUGCCGUACCAUGAAGCUCCGCCACUGAGUACAGUCAUACCUCAGUUUAAGGACGCUUCGGUUUGAGUACUUUCAGUUUAAGUACUCCGCGGACCCGUCUGGAACGGAUUAAUCCACUUUCCAUUACUUUCAAUGGGAAAGUAUAGGAGUAUAGCAUUUAGAUCAAGGGAAGUAAUAGUGCCACUGUAUUCUGCUCUGGUCAGACCUCACCUGGAGUACUGUGUCCAGUUCUGGGCACCACAGUUCAAGAAGGAUACUGACAAGCUGGAACGUGUCCAGAGGAAGGCAACCAAAAUGGUCAAAGGCCUGGAAACAAUGCCUUAUGAGGAACGGCUUAGGGAGCUGGGUAUGUUUAGCCUGGAGAAGAGAAGGGUAAGGGGUGAUAUGAUAGCCAUGUUCAAAUAUAUAAAAGGAUGUCAUAUAGAGGAGGGAGAAAGGUUGUUUUCUGCUGCUCCAGAGAAGCGGACACGGAGCAAUGGAUUCAAACUACAAGAAAGAAGAUUCCACCUAAACAUUAGGAAGAACUUCCUGACAGCAAGAGCUGUUCGGCAGUGGAAUUUGCUGCCAAGGAGUGUGGUGGAGUCUCCUGUCAAGUAUGCUUUGAUGGUGUUUCCUGCUUGGCAAGGGGUUGGACUGGAUGACCCUUGUGGUCUCUUCCAACUCAAUGAUUCUAAAGUUCGCUUCAGCUUAAGUACAGACUUCUGGAACCAAUUGUGUACUUAAACCGAGGUACCACUGUAUUGCUUUUCACUAUGUUGUUCUCUAUCACAUAUCCUAUAAGACUAUACCUUUUAAUAAAAUUAUUAUUAUUAUUAUUAUUAUUAUUAUUAUUAUACCACUCCACCUAAGUUGUUACCUUUUAUAGUUUGGAAUGAGAACAAAAAUAAAAUACAUAUAACACCAAGCUAAGUGAGCGAGCAUAUAAAAAAAGAAAAGGGAAAAUAAAAUAAAAUUCCCCCUUAUUUCAGAAUCAUAUAUAACCACAGUUUUGACUUCCUGUUAAUCCCUAAUGCAUGAAUUAUAUUUUAAACAUGAAUGUAUUCCGCUAACUAUUUAUCUACUACAUUCUUACAACAGUAUGUAUCCUUAAUAUUAUUGUCCAACUCAUUAUUUCUCCACUAUCACUCAAAUGCCGGCUAUAUAUUCCCACUAUAUCAGAUCUCACGUCUGUGGGAUUUAAGAGAUUGGGACGAUUGCUAUGGAAAUGGGUGGGGUCCCGUGUUUGCCCCUUAAAAGCCUGCAUUAUUAUUAUUAUUGCAAUUUCAAUUGUUGUUGUUGUUAUUUAUUCAACCUAUUAGUUUCUUUCCCUUGUCCAGGGCAGCCCAAAGUGACAUACAACAUGUUGUUGUUGUUGUUGUUGCCGUUGUUGUUAUGUUCCACGGUGAUACUCCAAUGUCAUUAUCAUCAUCAUCAUCAUCAUCAUUUAUUAUUUAUACCCCGCCCAUCUGGCUGGGUUUCCCCAGCCACUCUGGGCAGCUUCCAACAGAAGUAUUAAAAUACAAUAAUUUAUUAAACAUCAAAAGCUUCCCUAAACAGGGCUGCCUUCAGGUGUCCUCUAAAAAUCUGGUAGUUGUUUUUCUCUUUGACAUCUGGUAUGAGGGGGUUCCACAGGGCGGGUUCCACUACCGAGAAGGCCCUCUGCCUGGUUCCCUGUAACUUGGCUUCUCGUAGCGAGGGAACCGCCAGAAGGCCCUCGGUGCUGGACCUCAGUGUCCGGGCAAAACGAUGGAGGUGGAGACGCUCCUUCAGGUAUACUGGACCGAGGCCAUUUAGGGCUUUCAAGGUCAGCACCAAGACUUUGAAUUGUGCUCGGAAACGUACUGGGAGCCAAUGUAGGUCUUUCAGGACCCUUGUUAUGUGGUCUUGGUGGCCGCUCCCAGUCACCAGUCUAGCUUCCGCAUUCUGGAUUAAUUGUAGUUUCUGGGUCACCUUCAAAGGUAGCCCCACAUAGAGCGCAUUGCAGUAGUCCAAGCGGGAGAUAACUAGAGCAUGCACCACUCUGGCGAGACAGUCUACAGGCAGGUAGGGUCUCAGCCUGCGUACCAGAUGGAGCUGGUAGACAGCCGCCCUGGACACAGAAUUGACCUGCGCCUCCAUGGACAGCUGUGAGUCCAAAAUGACUCCCAGGUUGCGCACCUGGUCCUUCAGGGGCACAGCUACCCCAUUCAGGACCAGGGAAUACUCCACACCUGCCCGCCUCCUUUCCCCCACAAAGAGUACUUCUGUCUUGUCAGGAUUCAACCUCAAUCUCUUAGCCCCCAUCCAACCUCCAACCGCCUCCACGCACUCACACAGGACCUUCACUGCCUUCACUGGUUCUGAUUUGAAAGAGAGGUAGAGCUGGGUAUCAUCCGCAUACUGAUGAACACCCAGCCCCAACCCCCUGAUGACUCUGGUAUAAAUAUAAAUAUUAUGUGAUUAAAUAAAGGGACUGGAUAUGACAUGUUAUAAGAAAGUACUAAAAGUUGAGUAAGAAUAGGAUAAGAGUGUGAGUACUUUCAAUAUUGUACAGGUAAAAUACAUCGGGAAAUGUCGGGAAGUCAGCAAUGUCUUAAUCCUUUUUCUUUUCUUUUAUAGAUGGUUUAUUAAUUAUUAUUAUUUCUAAGUUAAUUUACAUUUUUAUGUGAGAUAGUGUUAAAAUAAAUUUAGGGGAAGAAGAAAUGCUGUAGUUAAUAGUUUGUUACCAUUGUGAUUAAGUUUAAAGAAGUAUGAAUUUGUUGUUGUUUAGUCGUUUAGUCGUGUCCGACUCUUCGUGACCCCAUGGACCAUAGCACGCCAGGCACUCCUGUCUUGCACUGCCUCCCGCAGUUUGGUCAAACUCAUGUUCGUAGCUUCGAGAACACUGUCCAACCAUCAUGUCCUCUGUCGUCCCCUUCUCCUAGUGCCCUCCAUCUCUCCCAACAUCAGGGUCUUUUCCAAGGAUUCUUCUCUUCUCAUGAGGUGGCCAAAGUAUUGGAGCCUCAGCUUCACGAUCUGUCCUUCCAGGGAGCACUCAGGGCUGAUUUCCUUAAGAAUGGAUAGGUUUGAUCUUGCAGUUCAUUCUUGCAGUAUGAAUUUAAGAUAGUAAAUAAAGAUUUAACUGAAAGAGAAAAAAAGAAAUCUGUGGCAAAGGUUCUAAUACACAAUCAUGGCUGAGAAAAACAGCCAGGGAAUAUGAAACUGAUUUCAUAGAAUCAUAGAGUUUAAGAGACCACAAGGGCCAUCCAGUCCAACCCCCUAACGAGCAGGAAACACCAUCAAAGCAUUAUUGACAUAUGCCUGUCAAGCCUCUGCUGGUUUCUUGAAACAUCACUGGUUUCACCUCCUUUAUCCAGAGUGUAAUCUUCUUCCUUUUCUUUCCCACAAUCAGUAUUCUUCACCUUUAACAAAUUUAAUAAAUAGUUUCCAGUAGGAGCAAAGGGGGAAGAACAGUGAGAGAGGCUUGGACUGGGAUUCUCCACUAAGAUAGGCCAGUGGCAGGAGGAAGGUGCGAGACUCGGCGGCAUAUAAUUAUAGUGAAUAAUAAUUGGGUUGGAUGUUUUAAUCUGGGAUUCCCAGCAGUCAGGCUCCAGCUGCUUUCCUUCUGCAUCUCCAGCUCUCUCCAUGCAAUGAUGCAAGGCUGAGAGAUGGAGGUCCAACCCCAAGAACAUUCUCCUACCUGAGCACUCCUUCAACCAACCACAAGCACCAAGCCUUGUCACUAGGCUUAUAUAUGGGUCUCCCAAAAUGGUCAAUAUGCACCUCCUGAGGCCAAAGGGACUGUGCAAGUGAUUAAUAAAGAUCUAGAGGCCGAAGGGGACAAAAUGUGGCCCAAGGGGUGGAGGAUUGUUGUGCAGAAGAUGAAGAACUUCAUGGUGAGCUUAGGACCCUGAUGAAUAGUGGGUAGGUUAAUGGACAUAGAGCAGCUCCUUUUCCUGUGAGAAACCACUUUAUUUAAAAAGUAAAUCCCACAGUUCAACCAUAUUCUAAGAUAAUGCUUCUGAACUGCAUUACCUUUAUUUGACAUUAUUUCAUUUGUAUUUCCUGAAAACUGGGAACACGGAGGACAAGAGAGAUUGCACGAAAUUUUAAAAUAAGAGCACAUGCUGAUUGAUGUCUGUAAUAUUCCAUUCUUCUCUUCCCAGAAAACAAAUAGGAUUUCCUCCCCUCUUUGCCCCCCAAAGCAGACAAUGGAGAAGACAGUCAGAAUUCUGGGAGGCCACGUUCAAUGGGAAUAACGAAGAAACCAUUUAAAUACAUGGAGUGUGAAAAAAGAGAGGAGAAGCAGUUUGAAAGAAUAGAGUGUGAGAAGAGCUUCAGUGACAGUGGAACACUAAGAAAACAUCAAUGGAUUCACAUGGGGGAGAAACCAUUUAAAUGCAUGGAGUGUGGAAGGAGCUUCAGUAGAAGUGACAGCCUUAAUUUACAUAAUCAAACUCACACAGGGGAAAAACCAUUUAAAUGUAUGGAGUGUGGAAAGAGCUUCAGUCAGAGUGGAAACCUUAGAAGUCAUCAACAGACUCACACUGGGGAGAAACCAUUUAAAUGCAUGGAGUGUGGGAAGAGUUUCAGUCAGAGGGGAAAGCUUAGAGUUCAUCAACGGACUCACAUGGAGGAGAAACCAUUUAAAUGUAUGGAGUGUGGAAAGAGCUCCAAUGACAGUGGAACACUUAGAAAACAUCAACGGACUCACACUGGGGGAAAACCAUUUAAAUGCAUGGAGUGUGGAAAGAGAUUCAGUGAGAGUGGACAACCUACAUUUCAUCAACAGACUCACAUGGGGGGGGAACCAUUUAAAUGCAUGGAGUGUGGAAACAGCUUCAGUUCGAAUGGAACACUUAGAAUUCAUCAACGGACUCACACAGGGGAGAAACCAUUUAAAUGUAUGGAGUGUGGAAAGAGCUUCAGUCAGAGUGGACACCUUAGAAGUCAUCAACAGACUCACAUGGGAGAGAAACCAUUUAAAUGCAUGGAGUGUGGAAAGAGCUUCAGUCAGAGUGGAACACUUAGAAUUCAUCAACGGACUCACACAGGGGAGAAACCAUUUAAAUGCAUGGAGUGUGGAAAGAGCUUCAGUCAGAGUGGACACCUUAGAAUUCAUCAACAGACUCACAUGGGGAAAAAACCAUUUAAAUGCAUGGAGUGUGGAAAGAGCUUCACUUCGAAUGGAACACUUAGAAUUCAUCAACGGACUCACACAGGGGAGAAACCAUUUAAAUGUAUGGAGUGUGGAAAGAGCUUCAGUCAGAGUGGACACCUUAGAAUUCAUCAACAGACUCACAUGGGGGGGAAACCAUUUAAAUGUAUGGAGUGUGGAAAGAGCUUCAAUGAGAGUGGAAAACUUAGAAUUCAUCAACGGACUCACACAGCAGAGAAACCAUUUAAAUGUAUGGAGUGCGGAAAGAGCUUCAGUCAGAGUGGACACCUUAGAAUUCAUCAACGGACUCACACAGGGGAGAAACCAUUUAAAUGCAUGGAGUGUGGAAAGAGCUUCAGCCAGAGUGGAGACCUUAGAAGUCAUCAACGGACUCACACUGGGGAGAAACCAUUUAAAUGCAUGGAGUGUGGAAAGAGCUUCAGUCAGAGGGGAAAGCUUAGAGUUCAUCAACGGACUCACACGGGGGAGAAACCGUUUAAAUGUAUGGAGUGUGGAAAGAGCUUCAAUGACAGUGGAACACUUAGAAAACAUCAACGGACUCACACUGGGGAAAAACCAUUUAAAUGCAUGGAGUGUGGAAAGAGCUUCAGUCAGAGUGGACACCUUAGAUUUCAUCAACAGACUCACAUGGGGGGGGAACCAUUUAAAUGUAUGGAGUGUGGAAAGAACUUCAGCCAGAGUGGAGACCUUAGAAUUCAUCAACAGACUCACACUGGGGAGAAACCAUUUAAAUGCAUGGAGUGUGGAAAGAGCUUCAGUCAGAGGGGAAAGCUUAGAGUUCAUCAACGGACACACACGGGGGAGAAACCAUUUAAAUGUAUGGAGUGUGGAAAGAGCUUCAAUGACAAUGGAAACCUUAGAAAACAUGAACGGACUCACACUGGGGAAAAACCAUUUAAAUGCAUGGAUAUGGAGUGUGAGAAUAACUUCAGUGACAGUGGAACACUAAGAAGUCAUCAACGGACACACACUGGGAAAAAACCAUUUAAAUGCGUGGAGUGUGGAAAGAGCUUCACUUAUAGUGGAACACUAAGAUUACAUCAGCGGACUCACACAGGGGAGAAACCAUUUAAAUGCAUGGAAUGUGGCACAAGUUUCAGUCAGAGUGGACACCUUAGAAUUCAUCAACAAACCCACACUGGUAAGAAACCAUUUAAAUGUAUGGAGUGUGGAAAGAGGUUCAGUCAGAGUGGACACCUUAGAAUUCAUCAACGGACUCACACAGGGGAGAAACCAUUUAAAUGCAUGGAGUGUGGAAAGAGCUUCAGUCAGAGUGGACACCUUAGAAUUCAUCAACGGACUCACACAGGGGAGAAACCAUUUGAAUGCAUGGAGUGUGGAAAGAGCUUCACUUAUAGUGGAACACUAAGACUACAUCAGCGGACUCACACAGGGGAGAAACCAUUUAAAUGCGUGGAAUGUGGGACAAGCUUCAGUCAGAAUGGACACCUUAGAAUUCAUCAACAGACUCACACUGGUAAGAAACCAUUUAAAUGUAUGGAGUGUGGAAAGAGGUUCAGUCAGAGUGGACACCUUAGAAUUCAUCAACGGACUCACACUGGGGAGAAACCAUUUAAAUGCAUGGAGUGUGGAAAGAGCUUCAGUCAGAGCGGAGACCUUAGAAUACAUCAACGGACUCACACUGGUGAGAAACCAUUUAAAUGUAUGGAGUGUGGAAAGAGCUUCACGUCGAAUGGAACACUUAGAAUUCAUCACCGGACUCACACAGGGGAGAAACCAUUUAAAUGUAUGGAGUGUGGAAAGAGCUUCAGUCGGAGUGGACACCUUAGAAUUCAUCAACAGACUCACAUGGGGGGGAAACCAUUUAAAUGUAUGGAGUGUGGAAAGAGCUUCAGUAGAAGUGACAGCCUUAAUUUACAUGAUCAUACUCACACAGGGGGAAAACCAUUUGAAUGUAUGGAGUGUGGAAAGAGCUUCAGUCAGAGCGGAGACCUUAGAAUACAUCAACGGACUCACACUGGUGAGAAACCAUUUAAAUGUAUGGAGUGUGGAAAGAGCUUCACGUCGAAUGGAACACUUAGAAUUCAUCACCGGACUCACACAGGGGAGAAACCAUUUAAAUGUAUGGAGUGUGGAAAGAGCUUCACGUCGAAUGGAACACUUAGAAUUCAUCACCGGACUCACACAGGGGAGAAACCAUUUAAAUGUAUGGAGUGUGGAAAGAGCUUCAGUGAGAGUGGAAAACUUAGAAUUCAUCAACGGACUCACACAGGGGAGAAACCAUUUAAAUGUAUGGAGUGCGGGAAGAGCUUCAGUCAGAGUGGAAAACUUAGAAUUCAUCAACGGAUUCACAUGGGAGAGAAACCAUUUAAAUGCAUGGAGUGUGGAAAGAGCUUCAAUGACAGUGGAACACUUAGAAAACAUCAACGGACUCACACUGGGGAAAAACCAUUUAAAUGCAUGGAGUGUGGAAAGAGCUUCAGUCACAGUGGACACCUUAGAAUUCAUCAACGAACUCACAUGGGGGAGAAACCAUUUAAAUGUAUUGAGUGUGGGAGGAGCUUCACUGAGAGUGGAACGCUAAGAAUUCAUCAACGGACUCACACAGGAGAGAAACCCUUUAAAUGUAUGGAGUGUGGAAAGAGCUUCAGCCAGAGUGGAGACCUUAGAAGUCAUGAACGGACUCACACAGGGGAGAAACCAUUUAAAUGCAUGGAGUGUGGAAAGAGCUUCAAUGACAGUGGAACACUUAGACAACAUCAACGGACUCACACUGGGGAAAAACCAUUUAAAUGCAUGGAGUGUGGAAAGAGCUUCAGUCAAAGUGGACACCUUAGAAUUCAUCAACGGACUCACACGGGGGAAAAACCAUUUAAAUGUAUGGAGUGUGGAAAGAGCUUCAGUAGAAGUGACAGCCUUAAUUUACAUAAUCAAACUCACACAGGGGAAAAACCAUUUGAAUGCAUGGAGUGUGGAAAGAGCUUCAGUCAGAGGGGAAAGCUUAGAGUUCACCAACGGACUCACACGGGGGAGAAACCAUUUAAAUGUAUGGAGUGUGGAAAGAGCUUCAAUGACAGUGGAACACUUAGAAUUCAUCAACAGACUCACACAGGGGAGAAACUAUUUAAAUGUAUGGAGUGUGGAAAGAGCUUCAGCCAGAGUGGAGACCUUAGAAGUCAUCAACGGACUCACACCGGGGAGAAAGCAUUUAAAUGUAUGGAGUGCAGGAAGAGCUUCACUGAGAGUGGACUUCUUACAAAACAUGAACAAUCUCAUACAGAGGAGAAACCAUAUGAUAGGGAAUAGGAAGGGGGGCACCUAAACAAGUUCCCAGUUCGUUACCAAGAAUGAUCCAGAUGCCCUCAUGGGAGCCCCGUCCCACUCAACAACCUUAUUUUGGAGUUACACCAGCACCCUGGAACCCUGCACGAGUACAAGCCCUGUAUAAUAAAGGCUGCCUUUCUUUCCAUUCCCCGCUGUCUUUGACACUACGUUGCCAUAUUUCUGAAUGAACGAUACUGUGUACUUGUGUCUCUGAAUGAAGUCUUUAUUUGAAUAGAGACGCGCCUUAACCAAUCAGGUCAAUGCAAUGGCUCUGCAGAGCCCAGCUCAGUUCAGCUCUGCAUGCUUGAGUGAGCGCUGACGAGGUGUUGACAGGAGGACAAUCGUUGACAGCGCAUCGAAACCUUGAUCCAAUUAGAACUCGCCACAAUGUAUCUAGCCCUCCCAGGCUGCGCUAAACUCCAGCGGUUUGUAUUAGGAAAACAGGAACUGCUUAAUAAAUCAUAGAAAAUCAGUUCCUUGAUGGAUCUUCACCGUUCCACCACCAUUUUGUAGCUCAGGCCUGGAUCUUCUAAGGAUGCUGGGAACAGCCAUAAUCCCUCAAGCGGGAGCCCACGUAGCCAGGGCGAUGUCUUUCUGAAUAAUCCACGGUCCAUCUGAAAGGAAUCUCCUGUCGUUCACUUUCCUCCGGUCUCACCCUUGCCAGGGGCUACCUGCACCUGGACCUCAUUGUUCUCUCCUGUCAGGUGCUCAAGGAUCCAAACCCAGUACUUACCCGUACUUGCUUAUCAAUACUUGGACCAUUAAGUGUCAUUACCUGCCAUUCCCUUAUGCUAAUCCUGCUUACCUGUAUGUAAAUGUCCUGUGUACCUUCCCCUUUUCCUGACGUUUUGAUGAUGUAUGUAUGACACUUUUGCAAUGCUUUAUGGGAUGUUGGUGGGAAUCUUUAAAAGUCCUUGCAACCCUGUGCUCGGGGUUCAGUCUCGCAUUGAACCUGCUGCGCAGUAAUAAACCUUGCUGUUUGCUCCGGAUUGUGGCUGGAUUCCUUCCUUUACACUCCGCAGCGACAGCAGGCCCUUGCCUGACGAGCUGGGUGGCUGAGCAGCCUCGCACCCAGAAUUUUGCCCUAACACCAUAGAAGUGCUAGGGAAUUAGAUAGAGGUUCCGUUGUGGAAACUCUACAGGCCAUCAAAAGAAGAGAAAGGGUUUGAAUAGAAGGAAUGUGGAAUAUACUUUGGUUAUUAUAGAAUGCUUUUCCAAAACAUCUACCCACUUCCAUGGGGUGGAACGAUUUAGAGAGUAGAACCUGUUUCUCUCCUAGUUGACAGGAAAUCAAUCUUAAAUGCUUGCAGCGUAUGUGAGCUUUUGUUGUUUGUAUGUAACAUUGUCUCAACAUGUAUUUAAAGUAAUCAAGCUAACAUUUUGCAAUAGUAAGCAUAAUAUAAUAUUUAGUGUACUUUUAGAUAGGGAGGUGUGAGUCUGGAGUGUUGCUUCUGAAUGAGGAUGGAUUGAGAGUCAGCUGGUUUUGGGGUUUGGGGGAGGGAGUUGGAAAUGUUUGUAUCUGGGAUUGGAGAGUUGCACAGAGUGGAGCUCAUAUUGGUGGUGUUGCUUUGGGAGCAGAGUUAGAUUAUAUUAUAGGAACAGCAGCAUAACUCUCACUGUUAUGAUUGCAAUAAUGGAACCAUGAAGACGCAGAAAGACUGAAAGCACCUAUUAUUUCGAUCUUUCCAAUUACCACCCGGUCUUGAAUCUCCCGUACUUGGGUAAGAUAAUUGAAAGAUUGGUAGGUUUCUGGAUGAAACAUCGGCUUUAGAUCCAUUCCAGUCUGGCUAUCGUUCUGGUCACGGGACCGAGACAACAUUGGUCGCCCUAACAGACGACCUCCGUAAACAGCUGGAUCAAGGCGGGUCGGGGCUGCUGAUUCUUCUAGACUUGUCAGCCGCCUUCGACAUGGCUGAUUAUGAGCUUUUAGACCACCGCCUUGCCGACGUGGGGAUUCAGGGCACAGUCCAACAAUGGCUGCGUUCCUUUAUCUCAGGUCGGGGACAGAGGGUGGCGCUAGGGAAGGAGUUGUGGCCGAGGGACUCCUUGGUGUGUGGAGUCCCGCAGGGCACAAUCCUUUCCCUGAUGCUUUUUAACAUCUUCAUGCGUCCCCCUGCCCAGAUUUGUCCGGAGUUUGGGGCUGGGUUGUUAUCAAUAUGCUGAUGACACCCAGAUUUAUCUGCUGGUGGACGACCGCCCUGCCUCGGCCCCGGACACACUGACUAGGUGUUUGGAAGCUGUGGCUGGAUGGCUACGUGGGAGCCGGUUGAAGUUAAGUCCUUCGAAGACAGAGGUCCUCUGGCUGGGUCGGGACGACAUGGGGUUGGGGGGCCAACUCCCAUCUCUUGUGGGGGCUCAGUUAGUGCCAGCACCUUCUGUCAAGAGUUUCGGUGUAACCUUCAACGCCUCCCUUUCCAGGGAGGCGCAGGUUGCAGCCACAGCUAAGGGGGCAUUUUUCCAUCUCCGCCGCAUUAAGCAGUUGGUCCCUUACCUCUCUCGCCCUGAUCUGGCCACAGUGAUCCAUGUGAUGGUAUAAAAAUAAAUAAAUAUAUUUAUUAUUUAUUAUAUGCUGAAGGUAAUCUUGAAACCCUCAUCUUUUCUUUUUAUUUUUAAAUAUAUCAUGUAUAAAAUGGUUUUUUAGUGGCAUAACCAGGAAAGGCUCUGUUCCUAGCUGCACAUCUUGCAUGAGGAGGGAAGGGGGCACAGAGCAUCUCAAAGGUGACAUAAGUGUGUGUAGGAUGCUGUCCCCAAAAUGACACAGGAGAGAAAGAAUAUGGAUGAGAAUAAUGUAAAAGGAGGUUCAGGCAGGUCCCAAAGCGAGAGUGCUAAGGGUCUACUUCCUCCAACUCCACCAGCUGCCCCAAGGCAGGAGCCCCCUCUGGGCCCUGAGGCUGGAAAGCCUCCCUCCACCUUUGAAAGUGGACAUGAUCCGAGGGUUUGUUUCACGUUUAUUCUUUAUGACUACUAUUGUAAUAAAUAAUCCUUCAUAAAAGUUAUUGCAUUACAUUCUUCAUUAAAUGAUAUUUCCAUUGA